CUCGGUUAUUUUUCACAAGUCGCCCAUUUUUUUUAAAUCACUAUUUUAUUAAGAAAUCGCCUACAAAGUCGGUUAUUUAAACCAGUCAUGUUGAAGAUAUCAAGAAACAUACAGUAUUUCUCUAUACACAAAAAAGCAUAUAAAGCCCGUAUUCAAAAAUAUAAUUAGGCCGUUCAUAUGGCCCAGAUAAAACCCACGAAAAGAUUCAGCCUCUCAUACUCAUCGUCUUAUUAGUCUUCAGUUUUAAAUUCCGAUCUACAGAAAACCUCUUCGGUGGUUCAAAGUAGAGUUUUCCGAUGGAUCUUAUAUGCAAUUCGUACGCCAAUGACUCCGACGACGAAACUGAGCCAGUGACCGAUGAGCGGCUCGCAUUUGGGAUCGCCCCACCGUCUAUUAUUCCUUGGAAGCGUCCAUAUCCGGAGCCGGAGGAGCAUCAAUACAAACCAGCACGUAGUAGACGAAAUCCUCCGUAUUGCUCUUAUUCGGAUCCUGAAGCGAGCUCUGCAUCAGCUUCGGUUCCGAUUGCAGUUCCAGGUCGGUACGUUUCCAAGAGAGAGAGAUCGCUUCUAGCUUCUUCUCCUUCAACGGUUCCGAAUCAAAAUCAGCCUUUGGAUUUGAGUCAGAAACCCUCCGUUAGCUCUCCCACUGUUCUUGGGAGCAUCUCGGAUUCAGAAGUGCCUCGCCAUGUUCUAUCUUCGAUUACACAUCGACCAAAAGGAUCCUCAUGGCGGAACGAAAUACCCAGAAGGAUUUCGAUUUCGUUAACCGGCCAUACGAAGGCUGUUACUGCUAUUGAUUGGUCAGCAAGUCAUGUUCACCUUCUUGCUUCAGCGGGGCUGGAUGGUGCUGCUUACGUGUGGAAUGUAUGGAGCAGCGGUAAGAAGAAAGUACGUGCUUUUCUCCGUCACAAUGCUCCGGUGAAAGAUGUGAAGUGGUCAAAGCAGGGACUAUCGCUGCUUUCUUGUGGAUAUGACUGCACGUCGAGACUGUUUGAUGUUGAAAGAGGGGUAGAAACACAAAAUUUCAAGGAGGAUCAGGUUAUUGGAGUUGUUAAGUUCCAUCCAGAUAAUUCCAACCUGUUUCUUUCAGGAGGGUUCAAGGGAAGUCUUAGAUUAUGGGACAUUAGGAGCAACAAAGUUGUGCAUGAAUACAUCCGAGAUCUCGGUCCAAUUCUUGAUGUCGAGUUUAUCUCGGGUGGGAAGCGGUUCAUCUCUUCAAGUGAUGUGUCAGGCAGGAAUAUAAGUGAGAAUGCUGUUAUAGUUUGGGAUAUUUCGAGAGAGGUUCCUCUAUCUAACCAGGUCUAUGCAGAAGCAUACACAUGCCCUUGCAUCAAACGUCACCCGCAAGACGCAGUCUUCAUCGCCCAAUCACACGGGAACUACACAGCGAUCUUCUCAACGAACCCGCCUUUCAAGCUCAACAAAUACAAGAGGUACGAAGGUCACUGGGUCUCAGGUUUCCCAAUCAAAUGCAACUUCAGCCCGGACGGAGAAACCUUAGUCUCUGGCUCAUCCGAUGGUUCCAUAUACAUGUACGGCUACAAAUCCACUGAGCUCAUUAAGAAGCUUAAGGCUUAUGAACAUCCCUGCGUUGAUGUCGCAUACAACCCUGUUUUGCCUAACGUGGUCGCGUCUUGUAGCUGGAACGGAGAGGUCUCUGUUUUUGAGUGAUCUCACAAGAACCACGCAACGAUUAGCCCCCAUCAAAUCUCAGUCUCGCUUAUGUUUUAAAAGCUAGGAGGUGUUAGAAAAUGAAUAAUAGAACGGGUUGAUAAUGAUAUUAAAAAAAAUCCUUUUGGAUUUCUUCUUAAUUUAAAAGGUUACAUUUGGUUAAUUGUGUUUUACGCUAUAGGAUGUGUAUAUAUAUAUAUAUAUAUAUGUGUGUGUUGAGUACUAUUAUAUGUAUUGACGACAACAGAAUUUGUGUUGGGAUAUAUAUUUAUCCUGACAAAUUAAAAAGGGUUUAAUAAACUUGAA